AUGGCUCCUUCUCUUAGCAAGGAAGAAAUCUCCCAGCGCAUGAGAGAUCUUGUCUUUGGUGGUCAUCUCGGUCCCGCGCAAGGGAAGGCUAUCACCUUCGACAUCGUUCGCGAGGAUCCUGUGUCCAUAAUCUUCAUUGCCGCACUAAUAUCAUUUACUGAGGUCAAUGCCGGGUUAGAUCGAUACCUGAUAUCCCUUGCCAAGGACGGAGCCUUGCUAUCCACAUCACCUGUUUCCUUGAACACGGGAGAAAUGGCCAAGCUCCUCUUAGAGUCCGGCUGUGGUAAACUGGUUGAAUACGAGAGAUUCAAAGACGGAUCAUUUGGAACCACAUAUAAAGCAAAAGCACGCGGAAAGAACAAGGAUGAGCCAAACGAAUAUAUCGUUCAGUUGCGAUACCAUGCCAACAUCGACAACAUGUACCAUCUUAUCAAAUACGUUCGAGAGAAAAGCCCCGGAGGGCUCCCAGUUCCCCAGAUGUUCCCAACCCCCACGUCGUCUAGCUCUGUCCUUGGGGUCCAGAUCUCUCAGUAUGUACCUGGCCAUAUGGGAUCCGCUAUGAUUGAUGGUCUUUCCUUGGAGGGAAAGCGAAGUGUUGUCAAACAAAUGGCGCAAGCCUUCGCAGCUCUAUGGGAGCUGCCUACUCCCGGGACUGGAAACCUAAUCGGAGAAGCAAUCGUAUCUCCCGAAGGCACCGUCUCGGUGGGCCCGGAAAGACGAUACGGACUGGGUGGACCAUUUUCUUCGGUGACCUCUUACCUGCAAGCAUGGAUAAAACACCGCCUCGAUAAGCUUCAAGGUCAACAAGCGAUUGACGAGUACAAGGACAAAUAUCUCGAUCGAAUUAUCAGAUUCGCUGAAACCACACUCAACCACAUCCCCUUCGAGGUCGAGAAUGUCCAGCUCGCACUGGUGCAUACGGAUCUUGGUCUACACAACAUGAUCUUCUCCGAAUCCCCAACACCAAUCCUGAAGGGGGCGAUCGAUUGGGAAUUCGUGGACUAUGCACCACUCCUGAUCGUCGUUCCGACUCUUGUUGAGCCUACCUUCGAGCUAUUCGCAUCAGAGAGCGGUGAUCUUCGACAAGCCUUCUGGGAUGAGAUACCGCUUUGGAAGCGGGGCUUCGCAUCUAAGGGUUCCCGGAUUUUCUUGGACUUCUAUUCCUUCGGACUAUAUCUCAAAGCGGACGCUCUCCCAGAUCGCAAUGCUGACUUGGCCGCGAAGGAGCAGUACUGGAAGAAGAAUAUAGAAUUUGUGGAAGGAUUUCUUGGACAAUGGGAAAAUCUUCAAGUUUCCGUUUGA